AUACCUCUGAAGACACAGCAGCCAUCAAUCCAGUGGAUUCAGUUAUGCCUGCCACAGGAACAGUCGCAGGAGAUGCGGUCCAGCUUCUGGUGAAACGCCAAGCACCCACUGGAUGCCUCCUCUAUCGUUAUGGAACCUUUGCCACUAAUCUGGACAUCAUCCAGGGCAUCGAGAGUGUGGAAAUUGUGCAGGUAAUGCCGCUGACGCCCGCUAUUGCUGAGAAUGCAGUAGAUCUUACUGUGACGUGCCAGGGAAGCCUCCCUGAAGAAGUCUGCACAACUAUCUCAGAUCCUGAUUGUGUGAUAGUCCAAGAGAGUAUAUGCAACCCUGUUCAACCAAGUCCAGACUGCCAGUUUGUUUUGCGCCAGGCCUUCAACCAAUCUGGCCUCUAUUGCGUCAACAUCUCACUGGCUGAUGCCAACACCUUAGCUGUUGCCAGCACCCAAGUCAGCAUCCAGA